AUGUCUAGUCCAGCCCCCGAUGGCAAUACAAGGCCGGCUAUUCAGCACAGCCUCGCCCUCCCUCGGGAACAUGCAAACCUCGACUGGCGCCGUGAACGAGGCGUCCGCAAAUUCUACGACAAGACAGGCCAUUUCCCUUGCGAACUCGCUCCGCAGUGUUGCGACACCUACUGGGACGCAUUCACCUUUCUAGAGCGCAUUCUUACUCUCGGCGUCAAGCUCUCGGAACAGGACUCGAUCACUUUCGACGACGUCAUGGCCUACCUCGCCGAGAGAGUCAAGUAUCACAAGCCCAAGGCCCAAACCAAAUUGCAGCUGAGCGACGUGGACAGCGCUAUUGAUCAUUUCUUUUCGGGGGAACCAAAUGCCAAACAAGCUCCUGCAUCUCGAGCCAAGAGAUCCCUUUCCUAUGAUCUAGAGGAGGAGUCUGUUCAGGUAUCACCGAAGCGACGGAGGAUCCAAGAAGUUGUGCCGUCAAACAUAAAGUCGAUACCGGGACUGCCACCCGCUUCGACAACAAAACGUCCUUUAUACUCGAGCGAUAGCACUUCUUCGUCCAAGUCCUUUGAUGACUCUGACACAGACAAAAACUGGAGUCCUGGGGCGCUGAGCACUGACACUGCCGACAAUAAGGACUCUGCCCACGUCAACACCGCCCAGAACGGCUCCGACAAGACCGAGAAAACCGUCGACGAUGCUUCAGGUGCCACAUCGAGGCCAUCAGUACAAGGAAGACCUCCGGUUUCAGGACCUGUUGAUGGAAACAACAACGCCUCCAACAUCAACGCCAACCCCAACUCAUCGUCCGUCCCACCCUCGACGCUCAACAUCCCCCUCAAAGAUAACACAAUCACUAAGACAUCUCAAUCAAACUCGUCCGCUAGACGCCUCUCCCGCCCCGCAGCUCACUCUGCUGCCCCCGAUUCCCUUGACGAAGUUCGCCGAGAGAUGGACGACGCGUGUCGAAAGUGCUCCGAGGCGGUUGAAAGAGGAGCCCAAAGACUAGAACGAUUACUCUCCGACCACUACAGCCAGAACGUAGCUCUACAAUCCUCCCUCGAACGAGCCAAAGAAGUUCACCAGCAACUCGGACGAGACCAUCGGAUCAAUGCCAAAGCCCAGGUCGAAGCAGCGAGCAAAAUCAGCACGAACGAAGGCUACAUGGAGCUGAGCCGCAAGAUCCUGCAAGCCUGGCAAGAAAUAGCUGGCUCGGAUGCAUCUCCGUCUGGAUGGAUUCGAAAUGCGAUUGAGGAAGCCACCAAGAAGCUAGCCGAGCUAGACACCGAGCGCAAGGAGGCCCUGCGCGAGCAUGGCAAGGCUGCUGCUGCUUUUCAGCGAACGAGGCGGCAGAUGGAGGAGGCUGGGGGGAAAGUCGACGAGCUCAAGAGUUCAAUGGAGGCGUGGGGAGUCCACCGAGACAAGCUGCAGCAGGAAUGCCGCGCGGCGAGAUUUUUCGCGGGCAUUGUGAGGUUGGGUCCUAGGGGGAUAGGGUUGCUGGAGGAAGAGUUUCCGGGGUUUUCCGAGUCGAUUGGCGAUAUAUUGAAAGAUCCUGGCGGUGGCUUUCGGGAACUAUUCAUUCCGGAUCCCAGGAUUCUCUCAGGUGGCGAGACUGAUGAAGAGGAUCUGGACCCCGCCUCACUAACUACUAAGGUCCGCAACCAGAGUACGGAUAUGGAGGGAGAGUCAAAGAUUCCUAUGCGGCAGCCGUUAAUGCCAACCUCUCGCAACACUAUCGAUACCAGCCCCAAAGGGAUAACUUUACCACCAAAGGGUCCCCUAGCACUUGUGGCUUUAAGGAAUGAGUCGGGGCGCGCUACUGCUUCUAGUUGCAAAUCUGCAGAUGGGAGUAUGUUGCAUGUCCCCCAAGGCCCCGCCGGGGGAUGCAAGGAGAAGAUUAUCUGGUACGGCGAGCGACUAGCCUGGUGGCUUGACGUUCUCUGUCCUACAGAGCCUGAAAUGAAGGUCCUCUCCCACGCCUUUGGCAUCUAUCCACUCACCGCAGAGGAUAUUAUGCUGCAGGAGGCCCGUGAGAAGGUGGAACUCUUCUCGCAUUACUAUUUCGUCAACUUCCGGUCCUUUUGUCAUGACCACAACAGCGAAAACUUCUGGAAACCCGUCGACAUAUAUGUUGUUGUCUUUAGAGAAGGUAUCCUCAGUUUCCACUUCUCCAAGACACCGCACCCUGCCAACGUUCGUCGUCGAAUUCGUCAACUGGGAGACUACUUGAUCUUGUCAUCUGACUGGAUCUUAUAUGUUAUUAUUGAUGAUAUAACCGAUGUCUUCCAGUCCUUAAUACAGGACAUUGAGGAUGAAGUGGAUGAGAUUAACGACGCCAUUCUGAGGCUGCACUUGUCUGCUGAUAAGCGGCUGAAGGAGGAUAGUUCUAAACCCGACGACGCAUUUACCACCUUUGAUCCCAAUAGUGAUAUGCUUAGGCGAGUGGGUGACUGCAGGAAGAAGGUGAUGGGCUUAUAUCGAUUGCUAGGAAAUAAAGCGGACGUCAUCAAGGGGGUUGCAAAGCGUUGUAACGAGCGAUGCGAGGUCUUGCCGUGGUCCAAGAUUGGCCUGUACCUCGGCGACAUUCAGGAUCACAUAGCCACCAUGACUACCAACCUCUGCAAUUACGAAAAGAUACUCGCACGAUCGCACGGCAACUAUCUCGCACAGAUCAACAUCCGCAUGAAUAGGCGCAAGGAACAGACGGCCGACGUCCUAGGCAAGCUUACAGUUCUUGGAACUAUCGCCCUCCCAAUGAACGUUAUCACCGGUCUAUGGGGCAUGAACGUCUGGGUGCCCGCCCAGGAGUACGAAGGUGAUCUUACCUGGUUCGCCUGGAUCACUGCUGGCCUACUGUUUUUUGGAGUGGAAUGCUAUUUGAUCGCCAAGAGGGUUUAUAAUAUUGUGUAG